CCUUCUUAUAGAGCCAAUGCUGGUGACCACUGAGGCAUAUUUAAAGAGUGCAAGGAGCCCUCCAGUUCAGAUUCUUCAUCAAGCCAAACAAGACAAGACAACCUAAUCCGGUAACGCUUCAAACCUAAGGAUGCCGAACUGGGGAGGUGGCGCCAAAUGUGGUGCUUGUGACAAGACGGUGUAUCAUGCUGAGGAAAUCCAGUGCAAUGGCAGGAGUUUUCACAAGACAUGCUUCCACUGCAUGGCUUGCCGAAAAGCUCUGGACAGUACUACAGUAGCAGCUCACGAAUCUGAAAUCUAUUGCAAAACGUGUUAUGGGAGAAAAUAUGGUCCCAAAGGUAUUGGGUUUGGACAAGGGGCAGGGUGUCUCAGCACAGAUACUGGCGAACAUCUAGGCUUGGAUCUGCAACACUCACCAAAGCCUGCUCGCCCUUCUACGCCUACCAACCCUUCAAAGUUCGCCAAAAAGUUUGGAGAUGUGGAUAAGUGUCCCCGCUGUGGCAAAUCAGUAUAUGCUGCAGAGAAAAUAAUGGGAGGAGGGAAACCUUGGCAUAAGACUUGCUUCCGUUGUGCUGUUUGUGGAAAGAGCCUAGAAUCUACAAACGUUACAGACAAGGAUGGAGAAAUCUACUGUAAAGUUUGCUAUGCAAAGAAUUUUGGUCCUAAAGGAAUUGGGUUUGGUGGCCUCACUCAAGUGGAGAAGAAAGAGUGAAACUUUCUAUAUCAGACACAUUUCAUACUUCUGUUGAUGCCACAGAUUGAUUGUUUGCUAAGUAAAACAGUGAUGCAUUGAUAAGAUUGAUAAGAACCUAGGGCAUUUUAAAAUAACUUCUGCUUCUCCGACCUCACUGGAGUGAUUUGUAAGCUUAUUUCUUAAGAAAUUAUUGCAGUAGCUAGAAAAUACAUUUUGAUAAAAUGGAUUUAUUCUACACUGAAAAAGAGCCUAAUAUUUUGCUAAAUUCUAACUUAGUUGUGAACAAUAGUAUUUCUUACACUACUACUUAUCGUGUUAAAAAAUGAGGUUAUAAUAGCUCUGUGGACUUUGCUACUAAGAGGUUAUUAUCCUUGGUAAGGGGCCAUAGGAAGGUGUUUUGGAUUUCUACCACUCCAACAGAGCAGAAUCUUGUCCAUAUUGUCUAUCCUAAUUCCUUAGUGAAAUACAUUCUGAUGUUAUGGUGGUGCUAUGGUAUGGGAGGAAAUUUUUUUUUAAAGGCACAUUCUAAUCUGUCACAAUAGCUAACAAUUUCAGCUCCAUCCUCCUGAGUAAAAGAGAAAGGGAGUAAAAGACAGACUUCUUGAAUUGGAAGUCAUAUUUUCAUACAAGAUGGUAAAAUCAAAGUGGAUGUUAAAUCUAGUUUUGUCACUGUAGGUUUCUCUCGAUACAAUAAACUGUAGAUACUGCUUUUAUGCUAUGACUGGUUACAUUAUUUUGCUCCUGUUUUGUACUCUUAACCCUCAAUGUGCUCAUCUAGUUCACCAGGCUAAACAAACUAUUCCU